UGCUGGAGGAGCAGUGAGAAGCUUCUCCCUACAACAAGCUGCUGUGCUACGGCUGCCUUGUUAUUAUCCUCUCCUAAAUCUGCCUGUCGUCACCGCAUGUGAGCAAAACCCCUUCUGCUCCUGUCAUGGCUGUCAUGAAGCUCACAGACCAGCCUCCACUUGUUCAAGCUAUUUUCAUUGGGGACCCUGAUGAGAUACGUAUGCUGAUCUAUAAAACAGAAGAUGUGAAUGCUUUGGAUAAUGAAAAACGUACUCCGCUUCAUGCUGCAGCAUUCCUUGGUGAUGCAGAGAUCAUUGAACUUCUUAUAUUGUCAGGAGCCCGGGUAAAUGCCAAGGAUAAUAUGUGGUUAACCCCUCUUCACCGGGCUGUGGCUUCAAGAAGUGAGGAAGCAGUUCAAAUGCUGAUAAAACAUUCUGCUGAUGUCAAUGCACGGGACAAGAACUGGCAAACACCUCUGCAUGUUGCAGCCGCCAAUAAAGCAGUGAAGUGUGCAGAAGUAAUAAUACCGCUGCUAAGCAGUGUCAACGUUUCUGACAGAGGAGGUCGUACUGCCUUACAUCAUGCAACUUUAAAUGGCCAUGUAGAGAUGGUAAAUCUACUUAUAGCCAAAGGAGCAAAUAUAAACGCCUUUGAUAAAAAGGACAGAAGAGCUCUCCAUUGGGCAGCGUACAUGGGUCACCUUGAGGUUGUUACACUGUUGAUUAAUUAUGGAGCAGAAGUGACAUGUAAGGAUAAGAAAGGUUAUACACCUCUUCAUGCCGCUGCCUCCAAUGGGCAACUUAAUGUAGUGAAACACCUUCUAAAUCUCUAUGUAGAAAUUGAUGAAGUGAAUGUUUAUGGUAACACUGCUCUGCAUAUUGCCUGUUACAAUGGUCAGGAUGCCGUCGUUAGUGAGUUAAUUGACUACGGUGCUAAUGUAAACCAGCCUAAUAACAAAGGGUUCACUCCACUUCAUUUUGCUGCAGCCUCCACUCAUGGGGCUUUAUGUCUUGAAUUGUUGGUGAAUAAUGGAGCAGAUGUUAAUAUUCAGAGUUAUGAUGGAAAGAGUCCAUUACACAUGACCGCUGUUCAUGGACGGUUUACACGAUCACAAAGCCUUCUACAGAACGGAGGUGAAAUUGACUGUAGCGAUAAAGAUGGAAAUACGCCUUUACACGUGGCUGCCAGAUACGGACAUGAGCUUUUAAUUAACACCCUGCUGACUAGUGGCGCAAAUACUGCAAAAUGUGGCAUUCACAACAUGUAUCCCUUGCACCUGGCAGCGCUCUAUGCACAUGAAGACUGCUGCAAGAAACUGCUGUCCGCAGGCUUUGACAUAAAUGCAGAAGAUUCUUUUGGAAGAACGUGUCUGCAUGCUGCUGCUGCUGGAGGAAAUGUAGAGUGUGUAAAACUGUUGCAGAGCAGUGGAGCAAGUAUCACUAAAAAGGAUAAAUGUGGACGGACACCUUUACACUAUGCAUCUGCAAAUUGCCAUUUUCAGUGCAUUGAAACAUUAGUAAAUUCCGGGGCCAGUAUUAACGAAACAGAUGAGUGGGGAAGGACAUCCUUGCACUAUGCUGCUGCUUCUGAUAUGGACAGACAUGCAAGAAAUAUGUUGGACAGUGCACAUGAAAAUAUAGACGACUGUGAAAAAGUAGACGAGUUGAAAGAAAAAGAAGCUGCAGAAUGUCUCCAGUUUCUGCUUCAGAAUGACGCAGACCCAUCAAUUUGUGAUAAAGCCGGAUACAAUGCUGUACACUAUGCAGCUGCGUACGGGCACAGGCAAUGUCUGAGAAUAUCGGCAAUAUGGUCAGCCUAUCCAGCCAUGAAGAAUUAUUUGCCCUUUUCCAAUACAACCACAGUCCUUUUUCUUUCUGCUAGAAACACUGACCUUAACUGUUAUAACUUGGAUGGGAGCAGAGGAAGAAGUGCUGUGAGAUUUAAUAAGACAAUGCAUGAUUCAUUUGAGCAACUUUUGAAAAGAUACAGUUCCUACACAAACCAGCCAAUUACACCUACCAAAAGCCCAUUACACUUAGCGGCAUACAAUGGGCACCAUCAAGCCUUGGAAGUGCUUCUGCAGUAUUUUGAUGAUGUUGAUGUUAAAGAUGAGAAAGGGAGGACUCCAUUGGACCUUGCUGCAUUUAAAGGCCAUACAGAAUGUGUUGAAGUACUUAUAAACCAGGGAGCCUCCAUCCUUGUGAAGGACUUUGUCACAGAAAGGACCCCACUUCAUUCAGCUGUAAUCAACGGACAUACGUCAUGUUUACGAUUGUUGCUUGAAAUGACGGACGAUCUUGAAGUUGUAAAUAUAGUGGACAACAAAAUGCAGACCCCACUAAUGCUUGCAGUGGCAUAUGGGCACAUUGAUGCAGUCUCCUUGUUACUUGAAAAAGAAGCGUCAGUGGAUGCUGUUGAUAUAUAUGGAUGUACUGCAUUGCAUCGAGGGAUUAUGACAGGACAUGAAGAAUGUAUACAGAUGCUUCUGGAGCAGGAAGCAACAAUCUUAUGUAAGGAUACAAAAGGAAGGACACCAUUGCACUUUGCAGCUGCUAGAGGUCACGCUUCCUUGCUCAGCGAGCUGUUACAGAUUGCACUUUCAGAAGGAGACUACAGCUUCAGUGAUUAUAAAGGAUAUACACUUUUACACUGGGCUUCCUAUAAUGGCAAUGACAGCUGUUUAGAGGUACUACUAGAGCAGAAGACUUUUCGGAAUUUCACCGGAAAUCCUUUUUCUCCUUUACACUGUGCUGUAAUAAAUAACCAUGAAAAUUGUGCAUCAUUACUUAUUGGAUCAAUAGAUGCAAGUAUUGUUAAUUGCAAAGAUAGCAGAGGAAGAGUGCCACUUCAUGCUGCAGCCUACAAUAACCACACUGACUGCUUACAGCUACUAUUAAGCUAUAAUGCAAAUGUAAAUGCUGCGGACAACUCAGGGAAAACACCAUUUAUGACUGCUGUUGAAAGGGGACAUUUAGAGUGUGCUGACAUUUUGCUUAAGGGAUCCAAGGUGGAUUUGACUAUGGCGGAUAAUUGUUUAAACACAUCAUUGCACUUAGCUUGUAUUGCAGGUCAUACAAAUUGUGCCUUGUUAAUACUGGACAAUAUAGAGGAUAAAAGCCUUAUUAAUGCACCGAAUAAAGCAUUACAAACACCUCUUCAUAUUGCUGCACAAAAUGGAUUUAAAGGUGUUGUCGAGAAAUUGAUAACUAAAGGAGCCUGUGUUCUUGCACUUGAUGAGAAUGGUCACACCCCAGCACUGGCUUGUGCGCCUAACAAAGAUGUAGCUGAUUGCCUGGCACUCUUAUUGGCUUCCAUGAUGUCUUUCCCUCCUUCCAGCACAAUGACGUCUUUCAACUUUUUUUGCUUAAAAAAGGACAGUUUGAGUAGAAUGCAUCUCUGUGAUGAUGGCUCUAUUAAUACUAAUAAUUUCAGUACUGCACUGAAUUACAACAUAACAAUUGAAGACCGGCCUAAUGAAAAUGAUUCAGACUCAGAAACAUUUUAAUCACAGAGCAUAAUUUACUUUGCAGUAUUCCAUUCUCAACUGGGGAAAAAAGGACUGAAAUAUUUGUUUAAAAAAAUGGGACCAGUUGGAGGAACCUGGUACUGUAGUUUCAGCUUAAAAUAUGUACCCUAUAUGAUUUAUCCCCCCUUAACACAGUUCCUAUAUCUACCUCUGGUAUGUUGAGGAUUAAUUAAUAAAAUAGUUGUAUAAUU